CAAACUUCUCUCCGAUCCAAGCCUCUGGUGAUCUUCAUUUAUUAGCCAACCUGGGUAUGUUUGCCGCAUUAAUGUCCUGCCUUUUGUACGUCAUGUCGCUCCCAUACAACGCCUCACAGUCGCGUUCGAGGGUCAAAGCGGCAGGGCACUCAGGUUCGACCUAAUAAUAAUCGCCGCAGCUAACCUAACAAUGGUACACACGGACCCAUUUUUGCGACUGGCAUCAAGUCGAGCGCUUUGUAUCCCUGCGGUUCGGAACCUCCAAUAUAGGCAUGCGCAAGGCGUGGAACAUUCCACCAUAGGACAUGGGGUCGCGGCUCGGUGGCCAGUGGCCGACCAUCCUCCUUCCUCAUUGGAGCUUCGUCGAUUUAUUUCUGUCCCACAGCCAACGCUCACGCUCAUUGAUCGAGGCCGUCCUUGGCUUGGCUAUAUACAUACAUCGUAUAUUGGGAUGGCAUAUUUCCAAGUCUUGGUCUAUAACGCCGGAAAAUCUGGCUGCCCAGUGGCGGCCACAAGUCUGAUCGUGGUGGCAUUAAUCUUCACAAUCCUGAGCACUCGGAUGUCGCGAUCACCGGCAAUUAAGCUAUCUCGGGAGCUCUCCUUCCAGCCUCAUGGAAAGGUCAAGGCAUAUCUAACCGAGAUAAUGGGGUUACUAGCACACCUUCCAAGAUUUGCAUGGGAAGAGGCUUCAGCCUAAACUUCUCAGUGGAGGUGAAAGAAGUAGAUCAUCUUGACCUUCGGGACAAUGUUUCUCCUAGGCUCUCUGGGAGAGAGCUCCUCCGAGUCGAAUCCCGAAGACCAACUUUUUGAGAUGAACGGAUAUCAUUUGCGCCGGCGCCUUCGUAUGUAAGUAUGAGCUCUUCGGGAAGGUUGUCAACUUUAAUAAUGCGGCCCCCAAUUGCAACGGGGACAAUUGAUAUAGCCCGUUGGCUACUCCUUUUGCAAUAGCAAAAGAGCACUUCGGAAAGGAGCCAGUAGCUUACCUUCAAGGCCUCUAUCCGCUAAAUUUAGCAGGUGGCAUCCGAGUCAACGCAGCUUAUGUAGAUAUAUUUAC